UAUCCAAAACCGGUACUAUUUGUCUAGCUUCCGUGCAGAAACAACGCGAUGUUUUCCGGUAAAGUAGCAAUCGUUACGGGUGCAAGCUCCGGGAUAGGAGCCGCCACUGCCAUAGCACUAGCUAAGGAAGGUGCCAAGGUUGCCCUGGUCGCUAGAAACGAAGCCAAACUUAGCCAAGUCGCCGAGCGAUGCGUCGGCGAGACUCUCGUCAUCAAGGCUGAUGUCUCCAAAGACGAAGAUUGUAGAAGAACAGUGCAACAAACUAUCGCUCAGUACGGUCAACUGGACGUACUUGUCAACAAUGCUGGAAUUGGCAGACCCGCAUCUAUACUAGACGAGAAGUUUAUGGAAUAUUUUGAUCUCGUUUUAAACACGAACCUGCGCUCGGCGGCUCUCUUGACGCACCUUGCAGCUCCUCAUUUAGUCAAGAGUAAAGGUGUCAUCAUUAAUAUAUCGAGCAUCCUCUCUUUACGCGUCCCUAUGCAAGAAAACAAGGGUUGCGUGUACGCAGUUUCAAAAGCAGGUUUGGAUCACUUGUCACGCUGCGUGGCAUUAGACAUGGCUCCGCACGGAGUAAGAGUCAACAGCAUCAACCCGGGGCCCGUGAAGACGGAUAUAUUCUCGAAUAUAGGGUUCCCGAAUCCGGAUGAGAUAAUUGAGGGCUUUAAAGCCAAGACUGCGCUGAACAGGCUCGGAGAGCCGGAGGAGAUUGCGGACCUGGUGCUGUUUCUGGCCAGUGAUACAGCAAGAAGCAUUACUGGCUCAACUUUUGUGUCCGAUAACGGUUACCUAUUGAAGUAAAUGACCCAAUUAUGUAAUUAUUAAAACCACGAUUUGGAAGUGAUUCUCUUACAGGAUACCUAUAUAUAUCUGUUCACUA